AUGGAUAGGGGUAAAGACGUUAUCCAGUAUAAUGUUGUCAAUCGUGAUUUGUUUCAAGAUUUUGAAGAAGUUUCCAAUAAUAAGCGCAUAUCAAGUACAAAUGGUCAAUGGUGGAAAGAUGGUGAGCAACAGGAUAUCCAUAGCGAAAUUGUUAAUGAUAUUCAACAAGACUUGGACCAGAACAAUGUCUUGGUAAAAUCAUUUCGCAUGGCAAGAGCAGAAAUACAAAAGAAUCCACUGGCUGAGGUUAAGAUUAAAUUGCUUGGUAAGCGAUCAAAGGAUGCCAGAACAUACAACUUGCCGCAAGUGUCAGAAGUUGCUGCCUUAAUUGUUGGUGAUAUUGAUACAAAUAUUGGAGAACGUGACAUUUUGGUGGAAACAAAGAGUGGCCUCUUGCAAAGAAUUACUGAAUUAAAUCCAGCUUACUUGCCCAUGCAAUACCCUCUAUUGUUUCCAUACGGUGAGGACGGUUACAGGGAAGACAUCCCCUUCUCAACAUUAAAAGGAAACAUAGCCGGUGGACGCCAACGGAUAAGUCCUCGAGAAUAUUUUUCAUACCGUAUCCAAUCGCGAAUCGCAGAGGUAUCAACUUUAUUGCAUGCAAAAAGGUUAUUACAACAAUUUGUGGUGGACGCCUAUACAAUGGUGGAGUCUGGAAGGUUAAUUUACAUAAGGACACACCAAAAAAGUUUGAGAUGCGAAUCAUAUAACUGCUUGAAUGAUGCUUUAACACGCGGUGAAGUCGACCCAACUACUCAAGGAAAGAGAAUAAUAUUGCCUUCAAGUUUUACAGGUGGUGCUAGAUACAUGAUACAAAAUUACCAGGACGCAAUGGCGAUAUGUAGAUGGGUUGGAUAUCCAGAUUUGUUUAUCACGUUCACCUGCAACCCCAAGUGGCCUGAGGUGCAACGAUUCUUGAACGAUCGAAAAUUAAAACCAGAAGAUCGUCCUGACAUAGUAUGUAGAGUAUUCAGAAUGAAAUUGGACGCUCUCAUUGCAGACUGCAGGAAGAACAAGCUUUUUGGACCAGUAAUUGGAGUGAUCUAUACAAUCGAGUUUCAAAAGAGAGGUCUACCGCAUGCUCAUAUACUGUUAUUUCUGGAAAAGACCAAUGGGAACCAAAGCGGGAUAAAUUUGGACAACAUCAUUUCAGCUGAGUUACCUGAUAAAGAAGAUGAUACCGAAUACUUCAAAGUAGUAGAGGAGUUUAUGAUGCAUGGUCCUUGCGGUAGAGCACGGUUGAAUUCUCCAUGUAUGGCGAAUGGUAAAUGUACUAAACACUUUCCCAAAAAAUUUGUUAAUUUCUCAACUUUUGACGAGGAUGGUUAUCCUAUCUAUCGGAGAAGAGACAAUGGUCACUCGGUGAUGCGCAAUGGGAUUAACUUGGAUAAUAGGUACGUGGUUCCACACAAUAGGCAUUUGUUGUUAAAGUACCGGGCUCAUAUUAAUGUGGAAUGGUGUAACCAGUCCCGGUCAAUAAAGUAUCUAUUUAAGUACGUGAACAAGGGUCACGACAGGGUCACAGCAGAAUUCUACAGAACAAACACUGAUGAUGAUGGGCCGAAAGUUAUUGAUGAAAUCAGUAUGUACUAUGAUUGUAGGUACAUAUCUCCUUGUGAAGCAUGUUGGCGGUUGUUUGGAUUUGAUAUACAGUUAAGGACACCAUCAGUUGAACGAUUAAGCUUUCACCUGCCGAAUCAACAAAGUGUAGUAUUUGCCGAUGAUGAUCCAGUUGAUAACAUACUUAGCCGGCCAAUAAUCUUACAAAGCAUGUUCCUAGAAUGGUUUGAGGCCAAUAAAAUCUACCCGGAAGCGAGGAAAUUGACAUAUGCUGAAAUGCCAACGAAAUUUGUCUGGAAGAAAGAUAUUAGAAAAUGGCAGCCAAGGAAAAGAGGAUUUGCAAUAGGUAGAGUAUUCUAUGUGCCUCCUGGUACAGGGGAGAUCUUUUAUUUGAGAUGUCUUUUGAAUAAAGUCAAAGGACCCACAAGUUACUUAGAUAUAAAACAAGUAAAUGGUGUGCAAUACGAUUCUUUUAGGGAUGCGUGUUCUGCGAGAGGCUUAGUAGAUGACGACAAAGAAUAUAUUCAGGCUAUCGAAGAAGCAAGUCAAUGGGCCACAGGUGUGAAUUUGAGAAGAUUUUUUGUCACUCUCUUGAUGUCAAACUCAAUGGCGAAACCUGAAGUUGUCUGGGAAGCUGCGUGGACUUAUUUGUCUGAUGAUGCACAAUUCAAGAUUAGAGAAGAAAUGAGGAUUCCAGAUUUGAUCUUAUCGGAAGACGAGAAGAAGAAUUUUGCACUUGCUGAGAUAGAACUAAUGCUUUCGACUAUGGGUAAGAGUUUGAAAGACUUUCAAUCGAUGCCGGUACCGGAUUUAGAGAAUCAUGCUAGAACCACCAAUCGGUUGAUACAGGAGGAAUUAGCAUAUGACGUUAAUGUCAUGAAGGAAGAGAAUGAUAGCAUGGUGGAACAACUGACUGAAGAACAAAGGGUGAUAUAUGACAACGUAUUGCAAGAUGCUCAGAAUAAUGUUGGAGGACUUUUUUUUGUUUAUGGAUACGGUGGAACGGGAAAAACAUUCUUGUGGAGAGCAUUGUCUUCUGCUAUUAGAUCAAAGGGUGAGAUAGUUUUAAACGUUGCAUCAAGUGGCAUAGCUUCACUUCUAUUACCUGGGGGAAGAACUGCACAUUCAAGGUUUGCAAUACCAAUAGCUGUUAAUGAAGAUUCAACUUGCAAUAUAAGCCAAAGUAGUCCGCUGGCACAGUUGAUCAUGCAAAGUCGGUUGAUCAUUUGGGAUGAGGCACCAAUGAUGCAUAAAUUUUGCUUUGAAGCUUGGACCGAACUAUGA